AUGCCUCUUGAAGCUCAUCUUCAUCGAAUUGUUUUAAAAUAUAAAGCUGAAUUAUUGGACUAUUUACCAGGCCGGAUAUUCUAUUCGUGCUUACAACAUAAAGAUCCAGUAUUAAGCUACUUGUGGAUUGAAAUUGAUCGAUCAAAAAGCAAUGCCGACACUGGAAAGUCCGCUAUAACACAAAAUAAAAAAAUUCUCGAUUCUAUUUACAAUCAGACUCUAAGUGUUAACGAAAUAUUAAUUAACAAAUUGCUCGAUGGAACUGAGGAUCAUUUUGUUCUAUUCUAUAAAACUUUGCAAGUACAAAAUCAUUCUAUGUUAAUCGCUCUUGGAGAGAAGUUAGAAGCCGAAGCAAAAUCUUAUUCAACCAAAAUUGCUGGCAUAAUGAACAAUCACAUUGUUCCAACAAAGCAAGGAUUAAUCGUUUCUCUUCCAAAUCAAACAGUAAGGAAAAUCAAAAAUAGUAAAUCGAAUGGGCAAACUAAAGCAGCAUCGCAAAUCAUCAAAUUAGCUCACGUAAAGAAAUAUAACUUCUUAAAAAUAGUUGUUCAAGACCGCUAUACACAUACAGCUAAAGGCAAAUCAAAACUUAAUGUAAAGACGGCAGUGAAUGCAGAUAGUUAUUCGCCUGCUGCCAAAAGUGAAAUUAUGGCGGGUUUGAUGGCAAAUAAAGCUUACUCUAAAAUUCCUUCCCAAGCUGAUAGAAGUAACAAAAUGCAAGCCGAUAACAAUUCAUUCUGUUUGAUAUUAGCGGAUGGUAAAGUGAUGGAAACGUUCCCUGUUCGUUUUUCUGUCUUGCCUCAUAGGCAAGUUAACGGCAGAUAUCCGAAUUGCAAUCAAAAAUUUGUUUUAAGAGAUUCAAGAUUAUUAGGUUCAUAUAGUCAAGGGGAUAGGAAAGCAGCAACACCGAGGUCCAGUUGCUCCGCCGCUUCUCGAGGUAAUACUAGGAUGAUACACUAUCCUAGACACGUUAGACCAUCAGACUCAUCAGCUAUAUCUCUAUCAGCUGAUAGAAGGGUCGUGCCAAAUCCUAAAAAUCUUAAUACUACAUCCUUGGUGAACAAAGGGUUGAGUAACAACAAUAGACAGUUCGACUUUCCCAAAAAAUCUAAUACUUCGGGUAGAAUCAAUUCAUCGUUUCAAAUGAGCUGUAGAAAUCACAUAUAUGUUUAA